CUUAUCUGUAAGCAGCCGAAGGAAUCAUGGUCAGUAAGGAAAGCGGCAAAUGCGUACUCACGACAUCGGAGAGUGACGUGGAGCCUGCCGCCUGCCUGGCCCUGGAGAUGAAGUACGCGCUGGACCCCAACCGGCAGAUCAAGAAACGGAAUAAAGCCCUCCAGGUGCGAUUUAAGGACAUCUGCGAGGCACAGAACGAGCAGAGGGACCCGCAGCUCUCGGCGGGACAGCCGGGCGAGAAGCGCGAGGCCAAGCCCGUGUCCUGCAGGGCAGCCUACCGCAAAUACAUGACUGUGCCCGCCCGGAGGUCCAUCCCCAACGUCACCAAGAGCACAGGCGUGCAGACCUCGCCAGACCUAAAGAAGUGCUACCAGACCUUCCCGCUGGACCGCAAAAAAGGGAACCUCAAAAGCAUUCCUGCUGCAGAUGCUUUUAAGAAUCAAAACAAUGGGUUUCCAUCGGACACGAAGGAGAAGCGCGAGGAAGGCCUGGGGGAGGAGGCCCGGCCGUGGGGUGCCGGCCGGGUACACAAGACGGCAGCCUUGGUUUUCCACUCCGACGAACACGUGAACGCCCUGGACCAGCCUGCCGGGGUCAACUGUGCAGAGCCGUGCAGAAACCCUGAUGUGCACAGCUGCCGAGAUGAGCCACACCAGAACUCCGCCCGGCCUCCCUCCCAGGAGCCCGAUUACCAGCUGCACGGGAGAGCAAAGCACGACAGGGCAACACCAGACCCCGAGGCAGCUGCUCUGUCGGCCCACGGGACGGUCUUUAAAACCGAGGUGGCCACCGUUUACGCACCUGCCCCCAGCGCGAAGGCCCCCGAGGCUGCCUUGUCGAACUCUGCCGCCACGAGCGAACAGCCCCUCUGCCCGGCAGCCGACCAGGAGCGGAGGAGAGCCCCGCGUCUCAACGGGCUCCAGGGCCCCCAGGGCCCCGCGGCGGUCUGCUCACCCCCGAUGCAGUGCCUGUCCCCCGAAUGUAGCAAGCAGCCCCCGCAGACUCGAGCCCCGCCGGGGGAGGAGAACCAGCCUUGCCCCUCGGCCGCCGCGGUGGGCGAGGAAUGCCGACAGAUCGUGCCCCGCACGGAAGUUGUCGAUCUGAAAGCACAGCUGCAAGUGAUGGAGGACCUGAUCAGCUCCAGCCAGGAAACCAUCAAAGUGCUCCUGGGGGUCAUUCAGGAGCUGGAGAAAGGAGAGGCCCAUCGGGAAGGGCUUUCAUAUCGGACGGGGCAAGACACAGCUAAUUGUGACACAUGCAGGAACAGUGCAUGUAUUAUCUAUAGUGUGGAGCUGGACUUUAAGCAGCAAGAAGACAAGCUCCAGCCGGUUCUGAAGAAACUCCAUCCUUUUGAGGAGACUCAGGUCGUACCUUCGCCUUACUCCCAGGAGCCCUACUCCGCGACUCCCAAGCAAAAAUCCAAACCCGAAUCUAAAAAGCAUGGAAGAUGGAAACUCUGGUUUCUUUAAAACUCAUGGCGCAUGGAGUCUAAAGGCCGUCUUUAAAACCCAAUGGAGUAUGGUAAAUCCUUUUCCAAAACAAACCGGAUCGAGUGAGCUGCAGCGGCCUCUCGGGCGCCUCCCACUUCCCACCCUGCUUACCGAAAAGGCCUUUGUACCGACAGGCAGUGACCAGAAGCAAGGUAGUAGACGUCACACCUUGCGGGCUGUUCUCUGCCGUUCACGGAUGUGGGAUGGAAACUCUGAAAUGAAGCUUAUGUAGUCAAAGAGGAUAAGAAAAACGCUAUGCCCCUACCCCACCCCCAUAUCGGCAAGUGUUACAUUAUCAGCCUGCGAGACGGUGGGCUGUCACUCUGUACACAGCUAAAACUCAUCAUUAUUUUCCAGCCUUUCCUUAUUCUUUUUCUUUUCUUUUCUUUUCUUUUUUUUUUUCUUUUUUUUUAAUGAGAAGACAAAGCAAGCCUUAUGUUUGCAAAAGACUUCGUUUUUAUGUUUAGUUUUGCAAAUAAGCAGGGGGCAAGUGCCAUUUUCAGCACAUCAAAUUCUGGAGAAAGCACAAUUUUUUUAAGUGGUCGGAGACCAGUAAAUAAUCUCUAAAAUGUGACUAUAUGUAUAUUUGCCUUCACGUGCUGUCGCGCUAAGCCAAGUGACCCCAUCUCAGUGCCACAAUGACACCUCAGACUUAGCAUUCUCUUCAUCUCCAGACCUGCGACAUGUUUACUGCUCGUUUUCCAAAUGGCCAGCAGCCAGGAGUCCCCCAAAGUCUAGGACAUGCCUUUACUCACUGAAGUUGACAGGGUCAGAGCUAUUGGACACUAAGCUUUCUUAGAUCUCAUUUUUAAUCUUUUGGUACCCAAAGGCCAAAUGAUAAAUUCUGGCAAGAAUUUGAAAAUACACAUAGAUACACAAUAGAUAACGCCGUCACCAAUAAAUCAUAGGUGUUCUCUGCCGCCGGGAAGUGUUUCUGUGGAUAAGUCUUUGAGACCUUGUUCAUCACCAAAAACGCAGCCAGACUAUUUUAUACAAUCCAUUCUGCUCUGUCACCACCGUGGAAGACCAGACCAUCUCAAAGAGAAGCCGCGUGUUUAGUUUAGCUGCUGCCAGCAAACUUAAUGUCACCUACAUCCAACCUAUUAGUCAGUUGUACUCAAUGACAUACCUAGGGGAAAGCUGUGAAUCAAAUGUUUUUAGGUAUUUUUUAAAUAAACAGUGACACUUAUUCUCUUUUGAUUACACAUUGCAAUAUAAAUCUUAGUUCCUUUAUUUUUCCACUCA